AUGGCAACCAGUUCAGAUUCAACAGAGGUUUCAGAUGAUGUGAGGAUUGUACUGCUGGGAAAAACUGGAGUUGGGAAGAGUGCAGCCGGAAACACCAUAUUUGGAAGAGACGCAUUUAAAGAAGACCAGUCUCACAAUUCAGUUACUAAAGAGUGUAAGAGAGAGACGGCAGAGAUUGAUGGCAGACUCAUUACUGUGAUUGACACCCCAGGACUGUUUAAUACUAAAGUUAGUCAUGAAGAGAUCCAGAGAGAAAUCAGCAACUGCAUCUCCAUGAUUCUGCCUGGACCACAUGUGUUUCUGUUACUGGUACCAGUGGGACGAUUCACUCAGGAGGAGGAAAAUGCUGUCAAGAUCAUUCAACAAAAGUUUGGUGAAAACUUCUUUAUGUAUACAAUGGUGCUCUUCACCAGAGGAGAUGAUCUGAAGAAGAAGACGAUUGAAGAGUAUCUGGAUACACCUGGAUCUGCUUUGAUGAAGCUCAUCGGACAGUGUGGAAACAGAUAUCAUGUGUUCAAUAAUAAUGAGACUGGAGACCGUAUGCAGGUGUCUACAUUACUGCAGAAAAUCAAUGACAUGGUGACAGCAAAUGGAGGGGGUUACUACUGUAAGAUGUUCAGAAUGAUGGAGAGACCUCAAACACAAAUGGAAAUACUAUCAAACAAACUAGAGCAAAUGAACAGCGAUAUAAAAGAAUGCCUGCCUAAACAAAAUGAAGAGAUAAUGUUGAUGGAGAAAAAAAGACAGAACUCUUACACAAAGAGAAGAAAAGAACAACACCACAAUGCAAAACAAGAAAACUGGGAGACAAAGAUACAAGAACAAAGCCUGAGAAGAAAAGAAGAACUUCAACAGAUUGAAGAACAAUACAAAUCCGACCAUGAGACUGAAGAAACAUACAGAACAGGCCAAAAGACAUGGGAGACAAUGAUAGAAGAGCAAAGAAUGAGAAGAGAAGAAGAACUUCGAGAGAUUGAAGAAAAACACAUUACAGACCAACAGAACUGGGAAUUUUGGGAGACAAAGAUACAAGAACAAAAGCUAAGAAAAGAACAAGAACUUCGAGAGAUGGAAGAAUAUUACAAAACAAACCAAGAUAACUGGGAGACAAAGAUACAAGAGCAAAAACUGAUAAAAGAACAUGAACUUCAAGAGAUUGAAGAACAAUACAAAACUAAAAUAAAAACAGAACAAGAGUACUGGGAGACAAAUAUUCGAAAGCAACUGCUGAAAAGAGAAGAAGACAUUCAACAAAAGACCUGGGAGACAGAGAUACAAGAACAAAGACAGAGAAGAGAAGAAGAACUUCGAGAGAUUGAAGAACAAUACAAAACCAAAAUAAAAAGAGAACAAGAGAACUGGGAGACAAAGAUACAGGAACAAAGACUAAGAAGAGAAGAAGAACUUCGAGAGAUUGAAGAACAAUACAAAACAGAACAAAAGACCUGGGAGACAAAGAUACAAGAACAAAAACUGAGAAGAGAAGCAGAACUUCGAGAGAUUGAAGAACAAUACAAAACCAAAAUAAAAAGAGAACAAGAGAACUGGGAGACAAAGAUACAGGAACAAAGACUAAGAAGAGAAGAAGAACUUCGAGAGAUUGAAGAACAAUACAAAACAGAACAAAAGGCCUUGGAGACAAAGAUACAAGAACAAAGACUGAGAAGAGAAGAAGAACUUCGAGAGAAGAUACAAGAACAAAGACUGAGAAGAGAAGAAGAACUUCGACAGAUUGAAGAACAAUACAAAACAGAACAAAAGGCCUGGGAGACAAAGAUACAAGAACAAAGACUGAGAAGAGAACAAGAAUUUGAGAUAAGAAAUGAGAAAGAACACAACAAUUUGGAUGUAUCUUUCAAUAGACUUGAAAAAGAGAAAGAUCAAAUCAAAAGAGAGACAGAGAGAUUACAAAAAGAGAAAGAAAUUCUUCAGGCUAAAAAAUUUAAGUUGAUGUUGGAGGAAGAAAGACAAAAUCAUGACACCAAGAGGAGGAUAAGAGAGGAUAACUUUAAUGAAAAAGAAGAGCAAAUGCAGAAAUGUCAUGAGGAAAUGCUAAAACAGAUGCAAGAGGAGAGGAAGAAGAUGGAGGAAGAAAAACAAGAUUGGAUCAAACAAUAUGAGAUACUCCAGAAUGAGAAAUCUCUGAAAGAACAACAAUGUAAAAUGUAUGAAGACAAAUUUAAGUUAAUAGAACAACAGAAGCAAUGUGAACUAAUGAGACUAAAACCAGUGGACUAUGAAGAAGACAGAAAAAAAGAAAUGGAAAACUUUACUUGGUCUCCAAAGAGAGAAGAAACUUGCGAACACCCAAAGCUUGAACCAAAAAACAAAGACAAGUUCAACAAACUCUACAAUAGGUUGGAUCUGACUAAAAGGCUUCAAGAUGAAUUGAAAAUAGCAGACAUUCUUGAAAUUAGCAAAUCUUCAUUUCAGUCUCAGGAGCCACAGGAAGAGACUGAACUGGUAUACUCAUUCCUACACAAGCUGAUAAACAUGGACUACAGUGCAAGAAACAUUGUCAUAAAACACAGAAAAAAACCCCACCAAGAAACACAUACUAAUGAGAAAGAAUUUGAGGAAGAGGGUGAAAACUACAACCCUAAUGAAAAUCCCUUUGAUAUUCAUCCAAUGGAUGUUCAGAUGGCCGUGUUUCAUUGUGCCGAUGGUUUCUUGAAGCAGCUGAUGGUGACUAAACUCUCUCAGUGUCAGUAUUCACUGCCUCUGCUUGUUCCUGAUCCAUUCACACAGCAGAUUGAGUUUCCUCUCUGGACAUUCAGACAAAUCAACAAGAGCUGGAAGAAGAAAGACUCAAGUAACAAAAUCAUCAGUCAAACUCACCCGGUCUACAAGGCUGAGACUCCAAUGGUGGCUUUCUUCAGGUUUGGUUCUGUAUCUUCAUCAAAGUCUCAGCUGAUAAACGGCCUCAUCAAUGAGAAACACCACACAUUCUUCCACAGGAAUUGCUCAGGCAGCAGCAGAACCAGAUUACUGAUGGACGGGGUGGUGGAGAUCGCCUGGUACUGCCCUUCUGGGAAAAAGACUGACGCAUUUGAUGACUGUGUUGCUUUCUGUAAUCUUCAUGGUGAUGCAGCAGCAAAUGAGAAACAAUAUGAGAUUCUGACCAGCAUGGCGUCAGUAAACGUGCUCUUCUUACCUGAUUUUGGACAGAAGAACCAGUACCAGGAUUUGGUGACAUCACUCUUCAAAUCUCCUCAACCUCUCAUUUGUCUGCUCACUGACAGUGACUGUGAUGAAACUGAACUGGGGAAUGGAAAAUUCACAAUUGGGCUUUUGGACAAAAACCAAUCUGGUGUAUCUAAUCAGAUAAGGGAGAUGAUCAGAGUGGGUUUAAUCAAUCAGAAUAAGACCUUCAAACUUGAAGAUGUGACCAAACACACAGGGAUCAGAGUAGAUGAGGAGGAUCCAGAGUGCCGGAGUGGGAAAGAGGCAGCGAAUCAGAUCAUGGGAUUACUGAGAGGAAAGGAUCCAUCAACAGUGAAAGAAACAAACCUGCCCUGUCAGGGUAAACUGUGGCAUGACUGGUGUAAAAUCAACAAAGAGCUGCGUCAUCUAGAAGGAGAAAAUCUAGAGGAAGAUAAAAGUACCAAACUCAAGAACAUGAGAGAAAUAAGAGAAGAGCAAGUGGCAAAAGGACCGAGUGAGUUCAUGAAAACGUUUAUUGAAACAAUGAAAUCACAGAGAGACAAUGAAAAAAACUAUUUCCUCAGAUGGAUGAUGAACCUGUUGGAUGACUUCACGUCAGAGAAACUGUGUGAUCUUCAAAAGGAGUAUAAUGUGACGUGGAAUGAAGUCUUAGGAUUGAAAAAGACUCCUGACAAACUACUAAGGACUGAACAAGGAAACCUGGAAAACAUAUCAGAGCAAAUCAAUAGAACAGGUUUUGGCUUGGAGCACAUCCUGAGAGAGUUCGGUCAGAUCUAUGAAUCGUGGUCAUCUGUGAUGAAGAACAAGAAAGGCAAUCUGCAGUUUGACUUCUGUUCUCUCCCGAGUCUUGCAGCUGAGAUGAUGAUCUCUGGAUUUCCAAUGGAGAUGAUGGAUGGAGAUGCUGCUCAUAUUCCUGUGACCUGGGUCACUGCUGUUCUAGAGGAACUUGUUAAGAAACUGGGAGACCAGAAAGUCUUUGUACUGUCAAUUCUGGGGAUUCAGAGCUCUGGGAAAUCCACCAUGCUGAAUGCCAUGUUUGGACUGCAGUUUGCCGUCAGUGCUGGAAGAUGCACUAAAGGAGCUUUCAUGCAGUUGAUCAAAAUAUCAGAGGAGAUGAAAACUGAGCUGAAGUUUGACUAUAUUCUGGUUGUUGAUACUGAAGGACUUCGUGCACCAGAACUGGCUGGAAGCUCAACAACACAUCGUGACAAUGAAAUGGCCACAUUUGUUGUUGGUCUUGGAAAUAUGACCCUGAUCAACAUCUUUGGAGAAAACCCAUCUGAGAUGCAGGACAUCCUUCAGAUUGUUGUUCAGGCCUUCAUGAGGAUGAAGAACGUCAGACUGAGUCCCAGCUGUAUAUUUGUGCACCAGAAUGUCUCUGAUAUCACAGCUGGAGAGAAAAACACAGAGGGAAGGAGACGACUGCAGGAGAAACUGGAUGACAUGACAAAACUCGCUGCUAAAGAGGAAGUCUGUGAUGCUGAAGGAUUCAGUGAUGUGAUUGCGUUUGAUGUACUGAAAGAUGUGAAGUAUUUCGCUCAGCUCUGGGAGGGCAGCCCACCCAUGGCACCACCAAACCCAAACUACUGCGAGAACAUUCAAGAUCUGAAGCAAACUAUUCUUACACACGCUUCAAAAUCAGACGGCAUAAUGCUGACGCACCUCAGAGACCGUAUUGAAGAUCUGUGGGAGGCUUUACUUAAUGAACAAUUUGUGUUCAGCUUCAAAAAUUCCCUGGAAAUCACAACAUACAAGAAACUAGAGACUGAAUACAGCAAGUGGAGCUGGAGCCUUCGGAGUGCCAUGCUGGACAUCGAAAACAAGCUUCACAACAAAAUAGAAAAUGGUGUAAUUGAUGAUGUUGAGGAAGCUGAUCUUCAAACAGAACUGAAUGCCAAAAGUGAAGAAGUGGAAAAGACGAUGUCAGAUUUCUUUGAGAAAGACAGAGACGCAGCUGUACUGAAUCAGUGGAAAGGUUUAUUUGAGAUAAAAAUCAAACAGCUAAAAGAAAACAUUGUGAGAGAAACUAUGAGGAAAUUAAAUGGGGUUCUUCAACAGCGUGACCUGAAGAAAAAGAUGGAUGCCGAGAAGACAAAACAUGAAAACACACUCUUUGAAAAGAGCAAAGAACUUGCUUUACAAUUCAAAGAACGAGCAAAUGAUGAAAAUUUCAUGAAAACACAAUUCGAUAUCUUUUGGAAACAACAGACAACCGAGAUCAUCAGAGACACUCCUUUAGUCAAAGAUAUUGACAUAUUAAAGGAUGUGAAAAACAUCCUCAGUCAGAACUAUAAAAGUCUCCCUUUGGACCGCAUGAAACAGAGCAGUGAGCAGAAAGAUAUGAUCUCUUUGACAAGCUAUUCAGAAUAUGUACAGUUGAAGAAAUCCAGUGGAGUAUCAGCAUCUUUAAAAAAUGCCUUCAAACGAGGUAUAGAGAAGAUUGUUCGUGUUUUAUCUGAUGAGGAUGAAGCCCAGAUAAGAUCUUUAAUCAGAGACAUUGCUGAACACACAGAUGAAAUGAUUCAGUCAUUUAACAUUGGAAAGAUGGGCUACAACAACGGCUGCAUUCAACAACUCGUAGAUUACAUAAACACAAGAAUAAAGCAGCAUGAGGACGGGACAAAAGUGAAAUAUGUGUUCAAGAGUGAAUUCUUUGUGGAUCUUAAUCUUUCCUUAUGUCAAAGAAAAAACAAAACAUUAAAUGAUCAAUACAAAAUGUUCAGAGAAGCCAAUGAUCCAGUUCUUUAUUUUGAGAGGAAGAGUCAAGAGUAUUACAGCAUUUUCCAGAAAUACUGUCAAGGAGCAACAUCAACUGCUGUUUUUGGAGAAUUUGUUUGUAAUAAACUUAAAGAGUCCAUUCAGCAGAAUAUCUACAAAAAAACUGCCAGAGAUUUAGCAGAUGAAAUGAUGACAAACUGUGAGUCACUAAAUGGGAACCGAUCAAACCUGGAGAAACACAUCUUGAGGAGACUGGCAGAAGAGGAGGAUUUUGAUGCAUGCAUCACAUACAUUAAAAAUCCCAAAGAACACUUCAAGAAUUUCAUCAGAGAUGAGGUCAGUCAGUACAUCACUGAAAGAUUUGAAGAUAGUGUUCGACCCAAGAUGGAAAACAGCAUUAAACAGCUGGAGCAGAAGAUCACAAACGCAGCACGUCAAUCCACUAAAGAUGUUAAAGAGACUAAUGGAGAAGCUCAUCAGUGGUUGGAUCAUUUCACACAACAGCUCUCUGAUGUGCUAGUAUUGUCUCUAAAUGACUUCACUGGAUUGAAUCAUGAUGAUGUUGAUGUCAGCUUCCUAGAUGAUGUGAUAAGAGAAGAACUUCCUUCUAUAAUGUCUGACAUAUGCUGUAAAUUCAGUACAGAAACGUUCCCAGUAAAGCUGGAACACACAGACAGACCAGAUGAGCUUCUGAUCAAUCACUUCUGUCAAUGCUGUUGGGUUCAGUGUCCUUUCUGUGCAGCGAUCUGCACAAACACAAUAGAAGGCCAUACUGGAGAUCACAGUGUUCCUUUCCAUCGUAAUAAUGGACUGAAUGGGUGGUUUUACAGAGGAACAACAAACCUAUCUAACGAGAUCUGCACAUCCGCAGUAGCCAGUGAUCGAUCUUUCCGUCCAAAUAGCUCAGAUGAUUCAGUCCUCUGGAAGGAAUACAGAAAAGGAGGUCCUAAAUAUGCAUCAUGGAGUAUCACUCCUGAUCUCUCUGAGCUGCCGUACUGGAAGUGGUUUGUGUGCAGAUUCCAGGAAGAUCUAGAAAAGCACUAUGGAAAAACCUAUCAGGGAAGUGGCAAGAUUCCAGAUGAAUGGAGAAGAUACUCUCGAGAGGAAGCUAUUGAGAGUCUGGAUAAAUACAUUUAAUGAAACAAUCAACAAGGUCUCUGAUACACAAUACACAGCUGAAAUGAGAUUACGUCACACACUUCAGUGAAUGUUGCAUAUA